AACCUCAUCUCUCUCUCUCUGUCUAUCUAUAUAUACACACAACCAUAUGUCUCACUCCUUCGUGUUCCUUGUUUCUCUCCUUCUCUGUCUUUCUCUCUCUAACCUCCGUCUCUCUGUGUGUCGGUGAUCUUAGGUUAGGAUUUGAUCCGGAGGAGAAAGGAGAAGCAGUGCCUUGAUCUUCUGGAUAGAGAAAAAGAACUAAAAUCAGAGAAAAUGGGUCGUGGAGUCAGCGCUGGUGGGGGGCAGAGUUCAUUGGGAUACUUGUUUGGGGGCGGAGAGACUACCAACAAUCCUCGUCCUGUGCAGAGCCAGGGGCAGGUGUCAAAUAAUGGGCCUCCACUGAAGCCUGCUGCUGCUUCACAGCCAGCAGAUAACACUAAGCAGGUUCCUGCUGGCAUUAAUAGCAGUCAUAGCAACAAUUACUUGCGAGCAGAUGGACAAAACUGUGGCAACUUCAUCACGGAUCGUCCUUCAACCAAAGUCCACGCUGCUCCUGGUGGUGGUUCUUCCUUGGGUUACCUUUUCGGUGGCAGCGGGAAAUGAAGUCUUUGGUACAGGAGAGUGGGAAAUGAAGUCUUUGUGCAGAUCGCCAUCUUGAAACCUUCUUUGAACUUUAUUUAAUUAUUUGAUAAUGUUGAUAUAUAUAGCUUUUGGCUUUGUUAUGGGCUAGGUUUACCUUGGCCAGAAAAGUGUUUACCUAAUUAGUCAAAUGAAUAACUUGUGCGGUUACUUGUUUCAGUAUGCAAAUAAUCUUACCCCUUUGGAAUGGAAAUACUGACCCCAUGUCUUAUUGGCUUA